CCGGUUUAGGCGGUUAUGGGUGGGCGGGGCAUGACAGACCUCUUUCCGGUCAGGGCGGGGACAGACUCGGUCCUCUUCCGGAGUGGGCGGCCUACUUCCGGUUUUGGGCGAGACCGGGGCGGGUCCUCUUCCUGGUGGGCGGGGCGCGGCGAGCCUCCAGAGCGCGUGCGCCCUGCUCCGAGCUGCUCGCGGGCGGCCAUGCUACGGAUCCGCGUGCCCCGUGGCAGUGCCCGAGUGCUCCGGGCGGCGCACAGCCUGGGGUCGGGGCCGCGGCCGCGCAGGCAGCGCUGGCUUCAGCCUGCGGGCUACGACACGGGCGUCAAAGUGUACAACAGCCUCACUCGAAGGAAGGACCCCUUGAUCGUGGGCAGCGCGGACGGCGCCUCCUGGUAUAGCUGUGGACCCACUGUCUACGAUCACGCACACCUUGGCCACGCUUGCUCGUACGUUAGAUUUGACAUAAUUCGAAGGAUCCUCACCAGGGUUUUCGGAUGCAACGUCAUCAUGGUGAUGGGAAUCACAGACGUGGAUGACAAGAUAAUCAAGAGGGCCGGCGAGAUGAACGUAUCACCUGCCUCCCUUGCCAAUCUUUACGAAGAAGAUUUCAAACAGGACAUGGCAGCCUUGAAGGUCCUCCCACCCACCGUGUACUUGAGGGUGACUGAGAAUAUUCCUCAGAUAAUUUCUUUCAUUCAAGGAAUAAUCGCUAAUGGGCAUGCUUACCCGACAGCAAGAGGCAACGUCUACUUCGACCUGCAGUCCCGAGGAGAUGACUACGGCAGGCUGGUCAGCGUGGUCCCCGGCCCCGCUGCAGAGGCAGGUGAUUCUGACAAGCGGCACGCCAGCGACUUCGCUCUGUGGAAGGCAGCCAAGCCCCGGGAGCUGUUUUGGACCAGUCCUUGGGGGGAUGGACGGCCCGGCUGGCACGUUGAGUGCUCCACCAUCGCGAGCUCGGUCUUUGGCAGGUGCCUGGACAUCCACUCUGGGGGCAUCGAUCUGGCUUUCCCGCAUCAUGAAAAUGAAAUUGCACAGUGCGAGGCAUUUCACCAGUGCCAGCAGUGGGGAAAUUACUUUCUACAUUCUGGGCAUUUGCAUGUGAAAGGCAAAGAAGAAAAAAUGUCGAAAUCACUGAAAAACUACAUUACUAUCAAGGACUUCCUGAAGACGUGUUCCCCUGAUGUCUUCCGGCUCUUCUGCAUGCGCAGCAGCUACAGGUCAGCCAUUGACUACAGUGAUGGCACCCUGCUCGAGGCGAAGCACCUCCUCCUGGCUGUGGCCGCGUUUGCUGAGGACGCUCGAGCCUACAUGAAGGGGCAGCUGGUGUGCCGCCCCAUCGGGGAGGCCGCGCUAUGGGAGAGGCUCAGCCACACCAGGCGGGUCGUGCAGGCUGCCUUGGCAGACGACUUCGACACAGCUCGGGCGGUGGAUGCUGUCAUGGGCCUCAUUCACCACGGGAACAGGCAGCUGAAGGCGGCCACUCAGGAGCCCAGUGGUCCCAGGAGUCCUGCUGUGUUUGGCUCUGUCAUGUCCUACAUCGAACAGUUUUUUGAGACCGUUGGCAUUGGAAUUUCUCUGGGCGACACACAGACUGAAACCCAGGGGUACCGCCAACACUCCAACAAGCGGCUCCAGCACCUUCCCCGGGACGCUGAGUCUGUUUCAGGGGACGGUGGCUCAGCCACUCUGCACAGUGUGGUGGAGGAGCUGGUUCGGUUCCGGGUCAAGGUCCGGCAGUUUGCCCUGGCCACAGGAGAGGCCACCAGGGAGGCCCAGCAGCAGCAGCGCUUGGAGAGGCAGCCCCUGCUGGAGGCAUGUGAUGUCCUGCGCCAGGACCUUGCUGCUCAUGGCAUCAGCAUUAAGGACAGGGGCAGCACGUCCACCUGGGCCCUGAUGACUCCGGGGACAGAAGAUCACAAACCAGGGAGCUGAGGACACGUGGCUGGGAAGCAACAGGCUCACCGUGCAGUCCUGCUCACUAAGUUGCGAUGAUCCCCUCUGUGGCUGUUGUCAGCGGUGAAAUAAAUUGAACUGGGAACUGUA